UGUUCCAAUUUCUCCUCACAGCGAUUAACAUUCACCAGGACGCUCUCUCUCUAGGGUUUGGUUGUUCGAGACAAAGGUUUUGCUUUUCUUUGUCCAACAAAUUAUUCUAUGGACGAACCGCUUCCCAACAAAAGAAAUUUCGCGGUGCUUCUGGUUUUCCAUGGUUUCCGGCUUUACAAUACGCAAGACAUUCGGGUUUUGAUUGGAUUGGAUGGGUCUUGAGGUUUGAAAACUGAGCCAGGGUUGCUCUUGGGUUCAAAUUCAAUUAAUUGCUUGACAUGGACGCGUCCAUGGAUUUAUUGAAAUGGCUUGAACCCGACAUGAUGAUACAGAUUCUUCGUUCUUUGGAGGAUCCAGCUGAUCUUGUUCGGGUUGGUGCGGUGUCGCGAUCCUGGCGACAUUUUGUGAUUGAAAAUGGCCUGUGUAAGCAGCUGUGCUUGAGAAUGUUUCCUCAGCUAUGUAGAGUUGCCCGUGUCGUUGAAUUAAACCAAGAAGAUCGCAUGGAAGUUGGAUCUAGCAGCAAUUGGAUGGAGUGGGAAAGCAUGGUCAAGGAUCACAGGGUCUAUGCUUUUCUAGCCCAGUGUUGUACAUCGUUUGUUUCUAAGAAUUGCAUCCAAGAGGCAAUCUGCGCUUCCAGCACUGAUAAUUAUCCUGAAGAAAGCAUUAUUAAUACUCUGGAAGCAGGAGAUGUAGUUGAACGGAGAGCCUCAUACUGGUCAAGUAAAGGGCACAAAGAUCGCAGGGUUCCUGAGACACUAGUGUACAAGUUGGUUUCUGAUCUUUGUGUGAUCACUGAACUCAGUAUUCAGCCUUUCCAAGCUUUUUUCCAGCCGGGUUUGCCCAUAUAUUCAGCUACAGCUGUGCGAUUCCGAAUGGGCCAUCCGAAAUCGCCAGACUUUAAAAGUGAUUUGAUGGAUGAAUCAUGCCAUGAUGAUGAAUUCAAUUGGACUUACACGUCACAAGAAUUUCAGAUGGCUCAGGAAAAGCGACUACAGAAGUUCAAGCUUCCAGAACCUGUCCUUUGCAUUGGUGGCUAUCUGCAGAUUGAGCUCCUGGGUAGAGUACAAAGACAAGAAAUGGAUGGGUUGUACUAUAUAUGUGUUUCUCAUGUUCAAGUUAUGGGCCAUUCUUUAGCACCUGCACUUGGAGUUGAAGGUCUCGAUUCAUCUGGAAAUUUUGUUUUGAAGCACGACCUGCAAGCAGACAAUUCCCAACCAGGCUUACCUGAGAAUAAGCCUUGUUCAAGCUCCACUGUUCAUCUGGAGAGACGUGUGAGAACUUUGGAGCAGAUUUUGGAGAUGUUGCGUGGAAAUCAGAUUGAGUAUGUCUUUGCAGACGAGGAUGAAGAUGAAUCAGAUGAAGAGUUUGUUUUCUAGGUCUAUGCAUUGAAAGAUGCCCUUGUACGUUUGUUUACAUGUCCUCCCUCUGAACUGAAUUGAAUCCAUGUUGGGUUUAAUUUUUUUAGGAGGCUUUUCAGAUUGAGAAUGAUAAUGUUAUGAACUUACCUUGUGCAGGA